GCACUUUAACGGUGGCAUAGGUUCUCUGUGUGCUGUUGAUAGACUAUCGGGGCCAUCGGUGUGACUGUCCUCAACUUUUGGAAGAAGUGUAGACCUGAUUAUAUACUGCUUUUUUAGAAGCCUGCUUGGAGAUUAUGGCUGAAAAGUUGGACCCCGAAGCCCUGGCUGAUGGUUCAGAGCCACUUUUUUCCUUUGGAGUUAUAGCAGAUAUUCAAUAUGCUGACUUAGAAGAUGGAUUCAAUUAUCAAAGAAGCAGGCGGAGGUACUACCGACACAGUCUUGUUCACCUACAGGGUGCCAUUGAAGACUGGAAUAAAGAGACAAGCCUGCCCUGCUGUGUCCUACAGCUCGGAGACAUCAUCGAUGGCUACAAUGCACAGUAUAAAGUAUCAGAAAAGUCUCUAGAACUUGUCAUGAACACAUUCCAAAUGCUUAAAGUCCCAGUUCACCACACAUGGGGAAACCAUGAGUUCUAUAACUUCAGUAGAGACUUCUUAGUGAACUCUAAACUUAACAGCAAGUUUCUAGAAGACCGAAUUGUACAGCAUCCUGAGACCAUGCCAUCAGAGAACUAUUAUGCUUAUCACUUUGUACCAUUUCCUAAAUUCCGGUUUGUUUUACUUGAUGCUUAUGACCUGAGUGUCUUGGGCAUAGAUCAGUCUUCUCCAAAAUAUGAGCAGUGUAUGAAGAUGCUGAGGGAGCACAACCCAAAUGUGGAGUUAAAUAGUCCCCAAGGACUUUCUGAGCCCCAGUAUGUCCAGUUCAAUGGAGGAUUCAGCCAAGAACAGCUGAACUGGUUGAAUGAAGUUCUUACAUUCUCUGACCUGAACCAGGAAAAGGUGGUGAUUGUGAGCCAUCUUCCCAUUUACCCAGAGGCCUCUGACAGCGUGUGCCUGGCUUGGAACUACAUGGAUGCGCUGUCAAUCAUAUGGUCUCACAAGUGUGUGGUGUGUUUCCUUGCUGGUCACACACAUGAUGGUGGCUACUCUGAGGAUCCUUUUGGUGUGCACCACGUCAACCUUGAGGGAGUUAUUGAAACAGCUCCAGAUAGCCAGGCCUUCGGCACAGUUCAUGUCUACCCUGACAAAAUGCUGCUGAAAGGGAGAGGCAGAGUCCCAGACAGAAUUAUGAAUUACAAGAGGGAACAAGCUUUGUGUUUUUAGGCUCAUUAUCUUGUCUGUCUUUGUAGAAAGAGAAUGGCAUUGUUUUUUGUUUUACUCCAUUACAUACAAAGUUCAAUUCUCACUGGGUAUGGUGGCUCACACCUUUAAUCCCAGCAUUUAAGAGGCAGAGGCAGGCAAAUCUCUCAGUUCGAGGCCAGCCUGGUCUACAGAGUGAGUUCCAGGACAGCCAGGACUAUUACAUAGAGAAACCCUGCCUCAAAAAAGACAAUUAAAUUCUCAGUCCAAGUGUUAGUAUUGUUUGUGUACAAAGUUCAUUUGUGGCUUGAGUAUGUAUGAGUGAAGAUAAAAUUCAGAAAUGUUGUUUUUGAAUAAAACAUUCAAGUGCUGACAGCUAGAAGUAAAGCAAACCAGGAAGGGGACUUAAGGGCGUGUAGUCUCAUGAGGGACUGUGUUUAGCCUAAUUUGAAUUUCCUCCCUUUUGUAUAAGGAGAAUGUGCUCUUGUGUGAACUCUAGCACUUAGUACAUGGGAGUCUGCUGCGCUUCCCCAAUGUGUGGGUUUGCUUUGGACCGUUGUGGUUCAGAGCACCUAUACUCACAUAAAGGUGACAUUACUGUUCUGUGAAUUAAAACUGAACUUAUUUCAGGUGAAGGCAUGGCAUUUUCAUCCCAGAAAGAGCCUGCAGGGAAUUGCCAUGUGACACUAGGAUCACACGCUGAGUGCUGACUAGCCUGCUCUGUUUUAAAUACCCAGGACAGGGGAUCACAGUGUAGAAAAUCAUUUUUGACUUCUUCUCUGGACAAAUGGAGCCCACUCCACUGUUGUUUGUGUCAAGGCUUAGCUGCAGAAAGUCUUGACAGCAAACAGACCAUUGAAGAGUAGAGUUUGAUUCAGGGCUGAAAAACAGAAAUACUAAUCAGCAUAAUUAUCAUGUGCAGCUUCUACCAGAAAACAGGUACAUUAGUUUCUUUGACUGCCCCAGUGAAUUCUCCAGUGAGGCUGAAAACAAAGUGUUGGGGUGGCCAUAUCCAGUGGGAAGCUCUGGGCAGAUCCUCUUCCUUGAUACCAGCCGCUCAAGAUGCUCUUUGGCAUCACUUGACCAUCUGGGUAGUCUAAGUGCCUGCCCGUGUCAGGGUUCAUGACCUCAUUUGUAAAGUUCAUCUCACCAUGUAAGGCUGAACAGGGAUCGUGACUUUACCCAGCCAGCCACAGCAUGGCUGUUAUGUGUUCUGUGUACACUCAAGUCACCAGGAUAGAGGAAAACAUACAAAUACAAGUACAAAUGUGAGGAAUUGCCCACCACAUAUAAAAGGACAAAGAAUGUCGAAGACUUGAAUUUCAUUUGAAGAGAUUAGGGAUGACGGGGAGAAAAGAAGAAAAAUGGUUUAGAUGAGUGGGGAAGGCCAGUGAGUGUGGGAGGAGAGUUAAACUGUAGGAGGAACUCUUGGUUUCUGAGCUGUGGAUGUGUGUCUAGAGAGUAAACUGACGGGCAGGCAUAGGAAAAGGGAGAAGAUUGUGGGGUCCUUGGGAGACAUCCUGAGAACUAGAAUGUUAAAUCUGCUGUUGAUUCUUAAUCCCAAUAGAAACAGUGGAGUAUACCUUCACCCCUCCAAAGCUGUGCAUGUGCCAGUGGCUGUCAUCUAGUAUCAUGGCUGCCCUUUUGCUUCUGUUGAAGACCAAGAAGUUCAUCCUGUACCAUUCAGACCAAUAGGUCAAAACUAAGCAUAACUAGCGAAAUCUAGAAAUAGCAAGGUGCAGGGAAGAUUCCAAGCCAAAGCCCUGGGCCCAGUAUUGGUUAUAGGGAAGACAAGACAACCACUGCCCAGUGGCUUUUGGAAGUCCUGGUCUGGAAGUGCCCCUGAUAAACUACAAGUCUCACUGUGUUGAGAUCAUUCAUUCCUUCCCCCAAGAGCCACAAGACCCUUGAAGAGAGAACAGCAUAUCUGGCCAGCAAAGAAAAUGAAUUAACAGUUCACAGGCACAUCUUAUUUAUACUGAAAUAAAACAGUAAAUGCUUAAGGUAGAGGAAGUUUAGCCUGCCAUGUUGGCUAGCCUGACCUACAUGGACCCCGCCUGAAAAAAAAGUAAAUAAAAAUCAUUCCAUUGCUAAGGACCAAAGCCAAGUACAGACCAAAAGUUAGUGUCUUCCAUGCUUCUCUGAGGGUGCAAAAGGUACUAUGAACAUUUACAGCCAUACUGGUCUGAUAGAGGGACUUAAAAUACUCUAUAUAUUUUGAACAUAUGAGUCAUUUACACAGAAGUCAAGCAUGAUUUGGAGGAUCGAUAAGGCCUAUAUCGAAUUUUCAAAUGGAUUGGGUUCGUUAUAACUAAUUCCAAAGAAGAUGUGCAAGCUGUAAAGAACAUGUAGGCUAAAGGGACACUGGGAAACUCAACGCUUUGAUAUGUAUUUUAUUGACUCAAAGUGCACUGUAAUCGAUUUAAUAUCAAUUUACUUUUUUCCUUGAUAAUCUGACUUCAGUGGCCAGUUUUUGAAAAGAAAUAUUCCUUUAGCAUUUACAGAGUACCAUUUCAUUAUAGGGUAUAAAAUUUUAUCAGACUCAUUCUCAUUCCUUUGGCUUGAUAGGCACUGAUUCUAUCUAUUUAAGAAGCAUUUCUUAAAUUUCCUGAAAUGAUAUCUUACGUCUUUUCUGUUGUUGAGACAAAACACCAUGACCAAGGCAACUCAUCUAAGAAAGCAUUUAAUUUGGGACAUAGGGUUCUAGAGCCAUGGUUCCCAACUUUCCUAAUGCUGCAACCCUUUAAUACAGUUUCUCAUGUUGUGACCCCCAAGCAUAAAAUUAUCUUCAUUGCUACUUCAUUAACUGUAAUUUUGCUACUGUUGUGAAUUGUAAUGUAAAUAUCUGAUAUGCAGAUGGUUCCUCGUGACCCCUAUGAAAGGGCCAUUCAACACCCAAAGGGGUUGCAAACCACAGUUUGAAAACUUCCAGAGGGUUAGAGCCCAUGAUGGCAGAACAAAGGCACAGUGGCAUGAAUGGCAGAGAGCUUAAAUCUUGUUCCAAAAUGAGGAGGAGAGAGGCACUGGGAAUGCCCUCAAAUCUCAACCCCAGGAGGCCACACAUUUUAGCCUACCCACACAGAUUGUCUCCUGAGGACCAAGUAUUCAGGCAUAUGGGGGCCAUGCUAAUCCAAACCACUCAUGUGGUUACAGAGUUUAAUUCCAGCCUAGAUAAACUUCCCAUCCAGAUAUCUAAUGCACCAUGUGAGCUAAUUAAAUAAUCUAACACACUCAACAUUUACAAGUAAAAACAUUUUAUUUAGCCUAAUUUAUCUCAAAAUACUUUUCAGCAUACAAUCAGUAUAAAAUGUAUUCUGUGUUUAUGUCUAAACUAUAUGUUUUGCACUGAACAUAUCCACCUGACUUAACGAUUGCAAAUACUUCAUCUGUAAAUAACACAUGCACAAAUGCUUGAGGACACACACACAAAACACAUAUGUCAUUCCAAACACACUUAACCUUUUUUCUGGCAAUUGAGUAUCUGCUUCUAAAAGUACAAAAGUUAAGAAUGUAUUUCUCUGGACACCCUGCCCACAAGUUAAGUGGUCAGUAACAACACAUGGCUUCUCUGUUGGGUUUUGUUGCUCUACAGUGUCCUGAGUAUGGUUGUAUAGAUAUUCAUUAAAACAACGUACAGGCAUACAUAUAUAGAGAUUUCUUCUUUUCCACUGAGAAUAAGAAAUUAUGAUUAAUAGUCUCUAUUCUUUUUUUCUGUAUUCCAAAUUCGUCUUUUCUAAACUUUAAUUUCUAUGGUUUUCCUACUUUCAUUGCAAGACAAACAUCAUUUGGCUCACCUGUUCUAGAGUUUUUCUUACUUUGUGUCACUGAGCCAGGUAACUAUACUGGACUUAGUUUGGGGUUGCAAUCUUUUCUUUCUUUUCUUGACUUUACCUCCGUGUCAGCAUAUUUAUUACCCAACCUCUGCCAACACCCCCCCCCUCCCCCCCGGUCAAAUAGAGCCCUUUGGAAUCCGCACACACUGUCUUCUCAGAGUGCCUUCACAUUGGUUUGGUUUUGGUAACUAAGGGUGUCUGACAUCCUGGUUUUGCCCCACUCCCAACCCCCUCAUAAAGGGUGAAAGCUAAAUUCAAACUCAAAUUUCUGAUCAUGGCCUGUUCUACUCCUGUCAGAGAAGAGACCUUUGGAGAAUCAGGCCUUAAUCUUACCUGCCCUGUUCACAGUCUUUCAUCAUGUUGUAGGCAGCCUUGUUAAAUUCUGAAGAGUUUAAAUCAUCUCUAGGAUUCACUCAGAUGUCUUGAAACAAACCAGGAAACUGCCCUGUUUCCUGGUUUAUUUAUACUCUAAUGUGUAUAAAAUACUGAAAAUACUCAUUUCAUCAUUGAAUUCAUCUAAAUGACUGUCUUGCAGUGAGUCGGCCAGGAGGACCGCAUCUCCUUGUUUAUGUAUACAUAAACCCAUGAAAUGAGUGGGAGAAGAGUGAUCCCAACAGCAAUAGCCAAGUGCAUUCUUCCACCAACUGGAUUCCUAUCAAAAUAAAAAUUAUUGUAAAGUCCAAGAAAACAAAUUGCUUUGGAAAUACGCAUCAAGUUUGAAUCGGAAUCUCUCCCUUCCUGAGACUGACUGUUCAAGACAGGGUCCUGCUGAGUAGCCCUUGCUGGUCUUAUAUUUGUUAUGUACCUCAGGCUGGCCUUGAACUCCUCAACCCAAGUGUUGGUAUAAGAAGAUGUAGCACCCUGUUCAGCUUUUCCCAAGGUCUUGAAGACACUUGCUUUCUCUGGAAAUUUUGUUGUUUGAAGUUUUUUUUUUUUUUUUUCAUGACAAUAAAAUCUUUAAAGAUUUUGCUA